ACUAUUUACGUGGUUAUUCUAUUACUUCCGUUACGUUGCCAUUUUGCUCAGGUCUGACAUCUGUAGGAUCUAUAGUGAAAAUAAAUUCUUCCCAGAUGAAAGAUGGUGAAUGUACCAAAGCAGAGGCGUACGUACUGCAAGAAGUGCAAGAAACAUAAAUUACAUAAAGUAACCCAAUAUAAAAAAUCCAAAGAAAGACAAGCCUCCCAAGGACGGCGAAGAUACGACAGGAAACAACAAGGGUUUGGAGGACAGACCAAACCGAUCUUUAGAAAAAAGGCCAAAACAACAAAAAAGAUUGUGUUGAGAAUGGAAUGUACGGAAUGCAAAUAUCGUAAGCAGAUUCCAUUGAAACGUUGUAAGCACUUCGAAUUGGGUGGAGACAAGAAAAGAAAGGGCCAAAUGAUCCAGUUCUAAAUGCUGUGAAUAAGGUUCUAAUUUGCUUUCAACAAUAAAAAACAACUGUAUAAUA